GUCGGCCCUUCUUGGAUCAAUCGUUGUGGGCAGUCUGGUCUGUGAUUGGUACCGUACGGUACCGGGCUGGAUAUCUAGACUAGACUAUCUAUCUUUUGGAAAUUGGAGGAGUGCUUGAUACCAGUCUGUCUCACAAUUCUUUCAACUACGAUCAAGUAAACACAAGUAACCACAACUGAUCAAUACCACCAUGACAUCCACAGCAGCAACUAUCAGUACAUCAGCCAUGUUUGACAUGAGCAAAAUGGAACGCCGCAGCAGCACUGGCUCUUCUCAUUCCGAAGGCGACAACUCCUCUUGGGGAGAAAUUAGCCUGGACGAAGUCUUGGAAGACAACUGCAUGAAGGACCGAUCGUCUCGCACUUACUCCACUUUGGACAAUAGCUCUUGGGGAGAACUUGACUUGGAUAUCUUCAAUGAAGAUGAUGAGGAGGAAGAUGAGCAACCACAACAGCAACCACAACAAGACGAUGAUGACAGUGCCAGACACUCCACUGGUAACAUGCCUCGUCGCACAAAGAAAUCGGCUGCCUUUCGCACCACUCUGUCCAUGGAAGAUAUUUCCUUUGCCAGUGGCAAACUUCCCUUUCAACGACGACGAGCAUUGGAUGACGACAGUAGUGACAGUGAUGAUGACGAUGAUGAUGAAAGUGUCAACGAUAUGACCAAGGGUCUCAAGAACAUGUACAACAAGUACAACCAAAGACCAUCAUCGUCACACUUUGGACAAAAGACUCAUCUCCAAAGAUACAAGACAUACUAGCUUGCUUGCUUGCUUGCUUGCUUGAAUACAUACAUCCAUCUAUCCUCCUUCUGACCUCCAGCAUGAGUACAUUAUCUAUCUUUAAACCUUCUUAGACUUUUUAUUCUUACACACAC